AUAAUUCGGAAACAAAAAAGCUAAGUGAAGCUUUGUCGGGUUGUUUUUUCGCGUUUUUUCCGUCUUUUCUUUAUUAUUUUUUAAGAAAAAUGUGAUGGUUCAUUGAAAUUACGUUUCCUUUCUUAUCAUAGACCAUUCUUUGUGGGAAACUCUGUCAAUUUUCAUUCAUUUAAAUAGGAUUUCUGAUUGCAAAACUGUUCACUUCCUGCCUCCUGGAAGGGAAAAUUAAAGAUGGUUCGAGCUACCCAUAAUGUCCCAACCACUCCCCUACAAAUCCAAACUAGACGUCAGAAGUUACUGAUGACAGGAGGCACAAAUUCACCACCUACGCCUCAUAGAAUCGAACUAAGACAUGAUAAUAACGAGGAAAAUAAUUGCAAGAAGCCUUUUAUAUGUCAACCACCAGCACCUAAAUCCAGGAAAACAUUAUUUAAUAACCAUGCAGUCAGCAAUAGUGAUAAUCAAAAUGGUGAAGUUAAAAGUCUCAGUGUUAAAGAAUCAAGCAAAAAUAAUUUCACCAAUAACAAAGUUAAUGGGCAGCAAAAAUUAACAGAAUUUUUCCCUGUUAGACGGUCUGUAAGAAAGACCAAGACGACAGUUUUAGAAGAGCAGCAAUUGGCAUUGGAAAAAAUGGUGCGGGACAAAACUGAAGACGGAUUGGAGGUUAGACUGUUCAAAGAUAAAGGUAGAGGCGUAGUGGCAGCAAAAGAUUUCUGUAGAGGCGACUUUGUUGUAGAAUACAGUGGAAUAUUGAUGGAUACAACAGAAGCUAGACAGAGGGAAGAAAUGUACGCCCAAAAUGAGAACGCCGGCUGCUACAUGUACUAUUUUAAACAUAACGGAGUUCAGUAUUGUAUCGAUGCUACACAAGAGACUGGUAGGUUAGGCAGAUUGGUUAACCAUUCUCGGACCAAUCCUAAUCUUGUUACCAAAACGUUAAUGGUUGACAAGAAGCCAAGACUGAUUUUGAUUGCCAAAGAUGAUAUCAAGAAUGGUGAAGAGGUCCUCUACGAUUAUGGAGACAGAUCUAAAGAAUCUUUACAGCAUCAUCCUUGGUUGGCCUACUAAACUAAUAUAGGAUAGGAACUCUUUAUUUUAAAGUUUAUACAGAGUGUUACUCUUACAUAAGAUCCUGAAAUUUAAAUUUAUUUGCUAUUUGUGGCUUGACAAAAUAACUCUGUGUAAGCUUUAAACAGAAAGUGAUCAUUGACUAUAGUAAUGUUAUGAUAAAAUCUUUCUAAGAAAGGUGGAAUUGUGAAUAUCGAAUUAGGUAGUUUUAAAUAGAAUAAAUAAUGACCAAAAGCUGUUCAAAUAUAUCUUGGUUGUUUUUUAGGCUGGUUUAGAAAAAUGUAUAAAGAAACUUAGAAAACAUAAUGUUUUUUAUAGAAUCUACAUACCUAUUUAUAUGUUUAGUUUAAGGGUGAUUAUUGCCCAGAGGAAUAUGAUUUUUUUAACAAAUUUUCGCUCGUAACCUUGAAAUCUAUCUCAUAAAACUUUUUAUUUUAUUGUAAAAAUUCUAAAAACUAAUUGUGUGAAUGUUGAUUAGUGACUUAAAAGUUCAGUGUGCCUUUUUGAUUUGAUUUACAAACAAAUAGUAGUUGAUAAUCUAGUAAAUAUUUGUCAAAUAGGACUUUGCAAAAAGCAUAAUACAUAAAUAAUAAUAUAUCCACCAAAUAUUUUUAAAUUGAAUUUACAUUGCAAGUAAAUAAAAAUUUCACCAAUGUGUAAUAUUUGAUGAUUGAAUAAGUUAUCUUGGCAUGAAGCAUGUAUCUAUUUAUUAUUAUAACCACUGAAUAUUUGUGAAAUAAAUUGAUGUUGAAACUAGUUAGGUAAACACUUUGUAAUGCUCUAGAUGAAUGUAAUUGUAGCAAGUUUUCGGCCACAUCACCAAACUAUUUAUUUGAUUUUAUUUAUUUAUUUAGGGCAUUUUUUAAAUAUUUUAUGGACACCCAUCAAGUGAAUAUGUAUUUAUUUUUAAAUCUCUUGUAGUAUUAAUACCAAAAUGAUUAUAGUAUUAUGAUAUAGCUUUUCUAGCAGGAGGAAAAAGGAUAUUUGCCAGUAACCCAAUAAGAGUCGCGUUUCUGUGCAGAGAUUUAUGAAACAUGAUAUUUUAACCUUGAAAUUGUAAAAAACAUGCAUUGAAGAAUGAAAGGUGACUAUUGGCAGUUUUUAUUUGUUGUCUCAGUGGGUACUUUGAUGUUUUCAGAAAAUAUGUUCUUAUACUGAGGAUCAUAUCGAAUAACAUUGAAUAUUUAGGAUGUUUUUUUAUUUAUUUUGUAUUUAGGUAGGAUCAUAUUGCAUAUUUCAUUUAGGAUGUUUUUUAUUUAUUUUGUAUACAGUAUGGAUCAAUUUCUGAAGGUAGGUAGCUUAAAAAUUGUACUGCUGUAUUGGACCUAUGAGCCCACAACAACAAAUAGAAAUUGCUAUUUUCUGAGUAUUCUUUAGAUUCUGAAAAAGUAGUGGCUUAUUAGUGGUAUGUAAUAGUAAAAACUAAUACCAAAAUCGGGGUAAAGGAUGAUUAUUUUAUUUUGUUUUCAAUGUAUUCACCAGUUUUAUUGCAUUUUAUGAUUGAAUAAAAAAAAUAUGACAUGAA